UAUAAAAGAAUUGAAGAAUUUGCUGGAUCCUAGAGGUGUACUUUCUAUUUAAGAGUUGUAUUAUGUGGUGAAUGCUCAAGAUGCAAUGGAUGUGAAUUUGAAGGAGAAGCGUAAAAUUAAAGAGUUAAAAAUGGAAUGGGGUAGUGGACGAACAUUCCCGAGUUGGAUAGGGAACCGCAGUUGCAUCUCAAAAAUUACAGAAACUGCGCACUGUUACCACCUCUUGGGCGAUUGUCCUCGCUCAAACACUUGCGCAUUCAAGGGAUGGGCAGAAUAAAAAAUAUAGAUGUUGAGUUUUAUGGGGAGAUUGUGGAUUCUUUCCGGUCUUUGGAGUCUCUAAACUUCUCGAAGAUGCUAGAAUGGGAAGUUUGGUGUUUUCCCAGUUCAAGUAAUGAAGAAAGAUUAUUUCCCUGUCUCCGUGUUCUUAGAAUGAGGGAAUGUCCAAACUUGGUAGAGAAGUUGCCCAAUUCAUUAAGUUCUCUCAUGAAGCUAGAGAUAGCAGAAUGCUCAAAGUUGACUGCUCCACUUCCAAGAGGUUCGUCUCUCUAUAGAUUGAAGUAAGGAGCGUGUAAUGAGAUGGUGUUGGGAAGUACUGGAGUUGAUUUCACGUCCCUCGUAGCAUUAGAAAUUGGACAAAUUUCAAAUCUGAGUCAUAUUGGGGAAGAAUUUAUGAGGUGCUUACCAGCUUUGGAAGAUUUGAGCAUAAAAGAUUGCAAAGAGGUGAGAUGGUUGAGAUUAGAAAAGCUAGGUGGGCUGAAUCAUUUAACCAUGUGUGGAUGCCCCACUCUCAUAUCUUUGGAGGAGCAGGCGUUGCCAUGCAAUCUUCAAUAUCUGGAAAUAGAAGGGUGUAGAAAUCUGGAGAAGCUGCCAAAUGAAAUGCAAAGUUUGGGGUCAGUGACUGAGUUAAUAAUCGAAGGGUGUCCAAAGCUUGUGAAUAUUCUGGAGAAAGGGUGGCCGCCUCUGCUAAGAAAACUUCACUUGUUUCAUUGUGAGGGUCUUGAGGCACUACCAGGUGAUUGGAUGAUGAUGAGGAUGGAGGGUGACAACACCAACUCAUUAUGUGUUCUUGAAAGCAUGGAAAUUAGCAGUUGUCCAUCUCUUAUUUUCUUUCCAAAAGGUGAAUUGUCCACCUCACUUACACGACUGUGCAUUGCAAACUGUGAAAAUGUAGAGUCCCUACCAGAGGGUAUUAUGCACUCUUGCCGUCUCGAGAAGUUGGACAUCUUCAAUUGUUCAUCUCUAACCUCAUUUCCAAGAGGUGAGUUACCCUCCACCCUUAAGGAGCUCUUUGUUGGGAGCUGUGGGAAUCUGAAAUUGCUUCCCAAUUUCAUGCAAAGCCUCACAUCUCUUGUUAUUAGGGACUGUAGGAAUCUCAACUUCCAGCAACAUCACAUGCAAAACCUCACAUCUCUUGGAAAUUUUACAAUAUCUAAAUGUCAGGGCCUGGUGUCAUUUCUGGAAGGGGGUUUGGGUUUUGGACUCAACUUGACACAUGUUGAAAUUGAAGGUUGUGAGAAUCUGAAGAUGCCUUUGUCAGAGUGAGGACUCCACAGGCUCACCUCUGUUACAAGACUCAGAAUUGCUCCAGGUGGAUAUAAAAAUGUGGUCUCAUUUUCAAAUGAUGACUGCCGCCUUCUUCUUCCCACAUCUCUCACUUACCUUAGCAUAGGAAGAUUCCAGAAUCUGGAAUCCAUAGCCUCUCUGUCUCUCCAAACCCUCGUCUUUCUUGAAUAUCUUCAUCUAUAUGACUGUCCAAAGCUCCAGCAGUUUUUGCCGAAGGAAGGGCUGCCAGCAACAGUUGGAUGCUUCAUAUCGUGAAAUGUCCUAUUAUAAAAAAGGGCAGAGGACAAGAUUGGCUCCACAUUGCCCACAUCACCUUUAUGUCAAUAUGAGAUUAUUAAUGUAAUUUAAACCUUCACUCUAUUUUUCCUGUGCAAAACUAAUGAAAGCACAAAAUCCUACUCUUUCAAAUUCCUACUUAUGAAUCUACAAAUCUCACUACUUAUAAUCUUCUUACUCUACUUUAUUAUUAUUUAUUUAUUUGAAAUUCAACCAGGAGAUGGCUUUUGACAGGAAUUACAGGUGGAAUUAUUUUUCUUUUCUCUCUUUCAACUCCUUUUUAUUCUGAGUUGUUAAUAUCCCACAAUUCCAUUUAAGCAUCACUAGAUUUGCGUCUCCAAGUUAAAAUUUGAUUUUAUGCUAUAAUUUUGAAGUGUCACCAAUCUCCCACUAUGCAUUCUAAAGGAUUUCGCGUUGAAUGUGGGGGGUGAUAUCAGAUAAGGGUGCAUAAAAAAUAUAAACUUGCUACUUUGUUCAACUUGAGUUUUCAAUUUCCUUUCACAAUCAGGAGACAGUUAAUGCAUACAAAUAUGUGCUUGCUUGCUAAUUAGUCUUUCUUUCUUCUUUUGGAAUUUGCAGCUCUGUCCAAGAGAAUUUUGGCUUCAUGUUGGAGACUCCAAGUUUGGAGUGAAUCUUGUGUGGGCACUUGCUAUUUCUCAGUUUGUUUUUGUUCUUUACAAAGUCAAUGUUUACAGUGUGAUGGGAGAGUCAAGGUGGGUUAACCCAGUGAGAACAAGAAGGGGCUUUAGCAGUAGUAUUAUGCUAUUGAUUGUGCCUGAAGGCCUUCUUGAUUUUGCCUGAAGUAAAUGUCUACUGAAAUGAUUUUGUGUCUGGGAUUUGGUGGGAGCAGAUGAAUAAUUAUUUACUUUUGACACUUUUAUAAAGACCCAGAAAGGCAUGCAGUUUGGCAAUUCAUCUGAUUUUAGCUCUGUUUUCAAUACUUAGAUGACCACACAGCAACGGCAAUUCUCCUGAAUACUGAGAGAUGAAGUUUUGUUCACCUCUGAUGUUGCUUGAGAGAGUUGAGUUACAAUUGAAUUUGGAAAAUCUUCAAGAUUCUGGUUCAAGUGUAUAAAGUUGUUUUAAGGAAGCUUAUAUGUUACAGAUUGGUACUCACUUGAAGGUUCUUGCAGUCGGGUCUGUAGGAAUGAAAAGUUCAACUGGGUGCCUCUGCUGACUCUUCCAUUUAAUUGAACCUUGUAUCUACUGACAAGUACAAGUAGAACCCUCCAUCCCUCCUUAUAUGCAAUCAGAUACAUUCUUGGCAAUGCACAACUAUGAUCUUCUUUAAUGUUAAAGUAAUUCUUUGCAGUACAUCAGCACAUGUAGGAUGAGGAGAAGGAAAUAAUCUCCUUCUUGUAUGUGGUGUUUUUUCAGUUUGGCAAAUUAUAUGAUAUUGUUACUUUUUUAUUUCAGUUUCAUUCAACCUUCAGUCUAUUUUUUUUUCUUUUUUCUUUUUUUCUUUUUCUUUUUAACAAGUUUGUGGGCUGCUACAAGGCAGUAGGUUCAAGGACUCUUAAGAGUCUCCCAGGUUCACAGCUUUCUUGAAGUAUUAUGGAUUGAGUAUCAUCUUAAGUUUUUGAUAUUCCUUUCUAGAAGAAUGCCAAAAUGACACUCUCAAAACUCAAAAUUUGGAGUUGUUGCUCUUCUAAAGUACAGGUGCUUGCAAGAGUAAGAAGAUUGUAGUGAUGAUGACAACAUCCCCUAUGUAUGCGUUAAGAACCCUAGUUUCCCUUCAUGGAAGUAUGAUCAGAGAUACAAUUCUUACCUUACCUGGAAACCUAUCUUAUUUUCAUGUCAAAAUUGAGAAAGAUUCUUCCACCAACUUGCAAAUAUGGUCUGCGGCAAGGGGGAGGUGAGAGGUGUUGAUUUCUCUAACUUUUGAAUUACUCAUGUUAAGCAACAAUUUGGAAAAUUUUCUAAUUCUUUCCAACUGUGUUCAAUUUAUUGUUUUCCACCUUAUCUAUUUAGGAUUACAUCACUUUCUUACCUUUUUCUUCUCUCUUGAAGGCUAUGGAUCAAGGAGUGACUGAAGUUUUGACUUUCUUUGAUAUAGGAAAAGGUGUUUGCUUGCUCUUCUUCAGGACGAGAUCCAGUAUCCUCUUCUGAAAUAUAUGGUCUUCGGAAUCAUAGAUUACUGAGUCAUCCUUAUAUGUAUCCUAUUUCUCUUCACAACAAUAUCAAUAGAGACCAUUUUUCCCUCCUUAUAUUCACCAUUUAGAACACACGUGUCCUGUAUUAUCUGCUAUGCCACUUCUUACUUUCAUGUUCAUCAAAUGAUCCAAUGUAAAUUUAGAAUGAAAAGGAGAAAAAGAUGAAGGUGGAAGAAGUUCAAAAUUUCCUAACCAUGCACUAUUCAUAUAUGAUUUAUUUUCUUUACAUGUUUCUAAUGUAUUUAAUCUCAACAUGCAUCCUUACGGAAAUUAUCUUUAUGUGAGCUUCCCUUUUUUUCGUACCAAAUAUGCAUGCAACUCCUACUAAACUAAUAACAGUGUGCAAUUUUAUUUAUUUAUUUAUUUUUCCUUCUUUUGGGAUUUUUCCAAGUAAUUGUGAACAUUUAUUUGCAUAGUAAUCUGUCCAACAUAUAAAUUUUUCAAGUGAUUAACAAAUUGAAAAAUUUUGAAAUCACACCUUCUCUGCUUCUCUCUGUAGGCUAAAAAGCUUGUUUUCGAUGUAGUGUUUCUUGGUUAAUAUUUUAUUCACAUCUAAUCUUUUCAUUACAUUUUUCAUUGAACAAUUUGACCAAAAGGAAGGUUUUGAAAAUACUAUAAGAUUGGCAUUCUCUUUAGAGGGAGCCAAUUGCCUUCAUAUAAAAUUUUAUUCCCUUUUUAAUCUCCCAUAACAUACAAAUAAUAAAAUUAUAUGAGCUUAUCUUCCUUUAAUGUCCCUGCUCUUUUUUUAAAGUUUUCACUCCUGAGACUUCUGCAUCAUUCCCUUCAUAUUUGCACUAAUGCAGUGAGCACCAUGCUUGCAACUGCAAAUUCUUUUUAACUUGAAAGAUAAUCCACGUCUUAAACUGCAGUAAGCUUUCACCAUAAUUGAACUUGUAGAGUUUCUUAGUUAUGAUAUCUUGUCAUGGCAUUUAUCCUUUGUCAUUAGUUUUAUGUCUGAACUCAAAUAAUUACCUCCAUCUUUGAUUGGGAAGACUUGUUGAACUAAAAUAAGAUAAAAUAGCAACUGCGCAAUUGGAAGACAUCUACAUUCUCAUCUUGCCAUCAUCAAAGACAAUGGAUACUAAUACAAACAUUUUUUAUCAACAAUUUUUUCCUAGUUACAACAAAAUAACUUUUUUCUUUUUAACUUUAAUAAUGUACUGGACUUUUAUGGCAGCAACUCCAUCUUUUUCUAUAGAACUCACAGGUUUGUCAAAAGGAUGGAUUUCCAUCUUUUUAUGUGUCAACUGUUGUUCUCUUGAUUGCAUUGUUUCUGUAAGGUUAAUGUUACUUUCAUAUGUUUAUUGAUAUUUUUCCUCAUAAUUAUUUUUAUGUUUGUAUAAUGAUCAUUAAACAGAUCAAUAUGUCACAUGAAGGCCCUGCAGUGUGAUACUAGGAUUCCCAACUUUUAUUAGGGUGCCUCCACAGCCUUUUGCAUCUAAUUGAAUCUCAUACCAGUCAGAAGCACAAGUACCCAUCCAUUCCCAGCUUGGAUGCAAGCAGGGGAAAACCAAAAAGAUGCUUUUGUGGUUUGAAUUAUAGUUGCUUGCAGAACAAAGGAGAAGAUAGUCUUCAUGAUGACUCACAUCCCCUUUGCAUGAGGAGAAGUAUGCUAUUGAGGAUGGAUGAGGGAUGGCAUAUAAUCCAGUUGAAUCUUGCUGAUUUUAGCAGAAGAGCAUCAUAUGAAACCAACUAUGUUGAGAUAUUGAGUGUUGAAGUUCAUGCAAAUUGCCGGCUAAGAACUUAUUUCUCUGAUCACCUUUACUCAGAGGAGGUACUCCCACCAGAAUUUUAAACCGUACCUCUGAAUGCAGAAAGCAUGAUGAGUUUCGACAAAACUAUCCCAUCGGAAGAGCUGGCCGCCCUUGAUAUUCAUGUUUUGCACAUUUUCUUUGCGCCAGUCAACUGGUUAUAUCCAAACUGGUCUAUAAGUUGAGAAAAUAUACAGUAAUGUAUCAAACUCCUAGAUGUAUUCUUGUGGUGGUUAAA